GCUGUUUGUAUUUUAACGAAAUUUAGACCUUCGCUAUCCAUAUUAAAGACAUCAGCCUGGCUGACUCUAGGUUACGCUUCUCUGGGGUCCUAACCUUUACCACCAAGUCUGUUAUAGUCGAACUGGAAUAUUCACAAAAAUAACAUAUUGAGAGAUAUCAAUUUUAAUUUGUAACUGAGGGGCUUAUAGCAGAUUACAGAUUAUCUGCUUUGUACAAGAUGGAGAACUCAACGGUGCGAAAUGGUGCUAGGAUUCUGCCUCCUGAAGCCAUUUCGAAACGACAUAUUGGCCCUUAUGUGAUGAAAGAGACGUUAGGAGAAGGAUCAUUUGGGAAAGUGAAGCUUGCUACACAUUAUAAGACCCAUCAAAAAGUGGCUUUGAAGUUCAUUUCUCGUCAGUUAUUGAAGAAAAGUGAUAUGUAUAUGCGUGUUGAACGCGAGAUUUCUUAUUUAAAACUUCUUCGACAUCCUCAUAUCAUCAAGUUAUAUGAUGUUAUUACCACCCCAACGGAUAUUGUAAUGGUUAUUGAAUAUGCUGGAGGUGAAUUAUUUGAUUACAUUGUUGAAAAUAAAAGGAUGACAGAGGAUGAAGGUCGACGAUUUUUUCAGCAGAUCAUAUGUGCUAUCGAAUAUUGCCAUCGGCACAAGAUUGUUCACCGGGACCUAAAACCUGAAAACUUGCUCUUGGAUGACAAAUUGAAUGUAAAGAUUGCUGACUUUGGCUUAUCAAACAUUAUGACUGACGGAAACUUUCUUAAAACUUCAUGUGGAAGUCCCAAUUAUGCCGCUCCCGAAGUAAUCAACGGAAAACUAUACGCUGGUCCUGAAGUUGAUGUAUGGAGUUGUGGUAUUGUUUUAUAUGUCAUGCUUGUGGGACGUCUUCCUUUUGAUGACGAGUUCAUUCCUAAUUUGUUCAAAAAAGUAAAUAAUUGUAUUUACGUGAUGCCAGAUUUUUUAUCACCAGGAGCUCAGUCUCUCAUUAGACGAAUGAUCGUUGCAGAUCCCAUGCAACGAAUCACCAUUCAAGAAAUUCGACAAGACCCUUGGUUCAAUAUUAAUUUGCCUGAUUAUUUGCGUCCCAUGGAAGGCUUCCAGGAUUCUUAUGCGGAUCCAUUAAUUGUUAGUAAACUGGGAGAUGCUAUGGGAUAUCCUGAAGAUUAUAUCUAUGAGUCCCUACGCUCUGAAAGUAACAACGAGUUAAAGGAAGCAUAUGAAUUAUUGCAUGAAAAUCAAAUUAUUCAAGAAAAAAGUUACUUUUCGAAAUCAAAGAGAGUCGAUUCCUUUCUUUCUGUUUCCCCUCCUGCCUUUACCGAAUAUGCUGAUGAUCUGAAUAGUUCGAAAGAACCAGAAUAUCUUGAAUCUAUGAUUGAAGGAUCUAGAUGGUCACAGUCAGAACCUCCUGCUCAUCAAGAGCAGACUGUGGAAAGCAACAUCCGCGUUCUUGUUCCAGGUGAAAAUAAUCAGUUGGUAAUGAAAACUUUAUCUGAUGCAAAUAAUGAAGCUGCUCUGUUACAAACAGGAAAGAAAAAAAGCAAAAGAAAUCGUUGGCACUUCGGCGUCCGCUGCCGCGGAGAUGCUCCCGAGAUUUUGCUUGCCGUAUAUCGUGCUCUACAGCGUGCUGGUGCUCAAUUUACAGUCCCAGUUCAGCACAAUGGUAAAUACAAAUCAGACAUGUACACUAUUAAGAGUAUUUGGGAAAUUCCUCAUUGCAGAAAAGAAGGAAGAAAAGUCUACGCAUAUGUCGAGUUACAACUUUAUGAGGUUAUGCCAGAUUGUUAUAUGUUGGAUGUUAAGUCAAAUGGAUAUAAAGAUUUUUCACGACCUGGUGAUUACGGAACCGCUGUUCCAGAUCACGAAGAAGAUGAUUUAAAAUCCUCAUUUCCCUUUUUGGAUUUAUGUGCUACCCUCGUUUGCAAACUAUUUUCUGCUUAAGAACUUUAAAGUUCCUGUAUUUUAUUCAAUCACCUUCUUUUCUUUUUUUCAUUUUUACGAACUCUAUAUUGAAAUAUGUUAUGAAUUCACAUUUCGGACAAGUUCCUAAGGUGAACUAUGCCAUACAUGGUUAUGCAGAUUAUAACAUGUCGAAACUCGCAUUUAUUGGUGUUUGCUCAGUAACAAAUUUUAUGAUGUUCGUUGAAUAUUGAAUUUUAAAGCGAAUUUGAAACAGUUGCUUUGUCAAACCAAUUCGACUAUUUUAAUAAUUGCACCAAAUAAGAACAUAUCCGGUUGAUCUUUACCAUGUAAACCUUUUCCUUUUUUUUUAUAAAAAACUUUAAGAAAAUAUACGUAAGUGUUAGUGCAAGUUUCUUAUGUUAUACUUAAUGUUAAAUAAUACUUCUCAAUUAUACGUAUUAAUAUGAAAGUAGGUAUAUUAAGUAGAGGAUUCAGAAUACAAGAGGAUAGACAAAAGGGGUACCCAGUCGAGGACUUGAAUAUUGUUCAUAGGGGAGGAACCUGAAAACUUCAGAAGUUUGGUUUAUUGAAAACAAUGAAGCAAAAUUGAGGAAUUAUGAUUUCACUGAAAAAAUCUACAACGCUUGUUGAUGUUUUGAAACUAAGCAGUAUAUACAAUGAUAUUCAAUAUGUUUUCAUUAUUCUAUGUAGGUAGGUAUUGCUACUCAAUACCAAUUUUCAUACUCAGUGUUUUCUAGUUUACGAAUUUCUACAUUCAUUUUUUUACCAAAAAAAGAAAAAAUUGUUCGUUUCUAUUAUAUAUCUGCUCUCUUCUACCAGCCUUAAUAACCG